AUGUCUAAGCUACUUAAGAAGUCAGUCAAGCUCGCUCUCGUGCAGCUAGCCGCCGGCAGUGACAAGUCUGCGAACCUCUCAAGAGCACGAUCAAAAGUGCUAGAAGCAACGUCCAACGGCGCCAACAUCGUCGUCCUUCCAGAAUGCUUCAACUCUCCGUAUGGCACCAAAUACUUCCCAAAAUAUGCCGAAACACUCCUCCCCUCCCCUCCCACUAAAGAGCAAUCCCCUUCCUUCCACGCUCUCUCCGAGAUGGCCAAAGAAUCCAAAUCCUACCUCGUCGGGGGAAGCAUCCCCGAAUACUGGGCCGAGACGAAGAAAUACUACAACACCUCCCUCACCUUCGACCCCAACGGCAAGCUCCUCGCGACCCACCGCAAAGUCCACCUCUUCGACAUCGACAUCCCCGGCAAAAUCUCUUUCCACGAGAGCGAAGUCCUCUCGCCCGGCAACAAACUCACCCUCAUCGACCUACCCGAGUACGGCAGGAUCGCAGUAGCCAUCUGCUACGACAUCCGCUUCCCCGAACUCGCCAUGAUCGCCGCGCGCAAAGACGCCUUCCUCCUCCUCUACCCCGGCGCCUUCAACAUGACCACCGGUAAACUGCACUGGGAGCUGCAGGCACGAGCGCGGGCGAUGGACAAUCAGGUGUAUGUGGGGUUGUGCAGUCCGGCGAGGGAUAUGCAGGCGGAUUAUAAUGCGUGGGGACAUAGCAUGGUGGUGGAUCCGAUGGCGGAGGUGGUGGUGGAGGCGGAUGAGAAGGAGGGGACGGUGUACGCGGAGUUGACGGGGGAGAAGAUUGAGGAGACGAGGAAGGGGAUUCCGAUUUAUGGGCAGAGGAGGUUUGAUGUUUAUCCGGAUGUUAGUGCUGGGAAGGUUAAGUAUGAGGAGUGA